AUGGUCUGGGAGAACGGCUGUGUCGUUAUUGUCAUGCUGACACCCCUUGUGGAAAACGGAGUCAAACAGUGCUACCACUAUUGGCCAGACGAAGGGUCAAACCUCUACCACAUCUAUGAGGUAAACCUUGUCUCUGAGCACAUCUGGUGCGAGGAUUUCCUCGUGAGGAGCUUCUACCUGAAGAACCUGCAGACAAACGAGACACGCACAGUGACACAGUUCCACUUCCUCAGCUGGAACGAUCAGAGGGUUCCUGCUUCUACAAGAUCACUUCUGGAUUUCCGCAGAAAAGUAAACAAGUGCUACAGGGGUCGCUCUUGUCCAGUAGUUGUUCAUUGCAGUGAUGGUGCGGGAAGAAGUGGAACCUACAUUCUAAUUGACAUGGUUCUCAAUAAAAUGGCCAAAGGUGCUAAAGAGAUUGAUAUUGCUGCUACCCUGGAGCACUUGAGGGACCAGAGACCAGGCAUGGUCCAGACAAAGGAGCAGUUUGAGUUUGCUUUGACAGCGGUUGCAGAGGAAGUGAAUGCAAUACUCAAGGCACUUCCCCAGUGAGCAGCUCGGUCUCCUGAAGGUUCGCGCAGGAUCUGUCCCUCGUUUUCCUCAUCCUCAGUCCCUGUGAAUGUUCUUGGAAACCGUGACCUGACCUUAACUGUGUAUCUUCUGUUGUAACCACAUAGUGAUAGGGUCCUUACAAACUCCUUUAGCUGGUAAAAGUUCAACAGUUAAAAUGUGUAUUCUGGUUUUUGGGGUUUUAAACAAAUUUUUUUAAGUACAUUGAAGCCUCGGAUUAAGUGACAGAACAAUCCAUCUAAUUCCUUUCACAUCCUCGAAGCCCUGAAUGUCACACUUUGAAAGCACACAUUCAUGUUCUUAAUAGCAAAUAUACAGUAUUGUGGGUACUUAGUGCAGUCAAUAUAGUCUCAGAAAACAGUGUUCUGUUAUAUUUUGUAACUUCUCAAAGGCUGAAUAAGGGGAGGGAGGGGAGCCUGAAGAGGAUGGUGAUUGUUCUUCUACAGUGCCAAGCUAGAGCAUGAGACAGUGCUGAGGGUGUGAAUAAACACAGGUCCAGGCUCUGGCAAAGAGGGCUUGCACCUUCUCAUGGUGGGCUUUGGCAAGCAAAUGUUUUCUUAACUGUUGUUUACUUUUCAGCUUUGUGCCAUGAAUGGGAGAAACUCUGAACUACAAGUAAAUAGGUUGCACAGUUGUUGCAACCGGGGAGAACAAGUUGGUCACACUAAUGGGAAACCGGGGAAUAACGAGCACAACUCUAGCCAUGUACCUAC